AGUCUCUAUCAGGACGUGAGACUUUUCGUAUCGUUCAUCCAGGAGCAACAUGGAAAUCCAUUUCGUAGAGUUGCGCUGAGCGCUCUUAUCGAUGGACGUGCUUCAUUCACACAGCCAACGUUGCAAUCGACCAGUGUUGAUAUUGAUGAAUGUUCAGAAGGCUCGAAGGGGUCAACAACCAGACGUGCAUCAUUGUUACUUCCACUCCCUGAAAUAUUCGUUUCUGAAACCAAUUUGGAAGCAUCUCAUCGCGAACGCUCAGAGUAA